GCCUCGGAUACCCUGCUGAGAGCGUUAUCUUGGAGCCUUUGAGCCCUCCUUGUCAUCGCCCUCGUAUUCCUUGGCUGUCUUUGCGACACUGACAUCAGUGUCCUCUUUUCCUUACUCUUCUCUCUCUCUCUUCCAUAACCUCCCGCCUGAACAUGUCGACCCGGCAGAACCAGUGGUUUGUGCCCGGUGAUGGCAUCGCUCGGGAAGUCAUCACCGCCGACAUCCAGCGCUACUUGGGGCCCGAUGCGCUCGUGAGGCCCGGCACAGGUACCGGCGAGUACGAGGGCCGCCCUGGUUAUUGGAUUACCGCCUAUCGAACGCUCACAUCGCAAAUGAUUCAGGAUCUGAAGGCAGAUUCCCAGCGAUGGCAGACAGAGCGAGACGGUGGACGCGGACGCGGAGUGGAUUAUCGAGAUUCCAGGACGCACGCCGCCAGGCAGGAAUGGGGACCGUCUGAAUCAUACGCCAGCCAAAGUCGUGAAACACAUUCCAGGACUCCGCACACCGCUGCAUACGCCGAUACUGGACAUUACACUACCAGCCCCACUGCGCCUUAUCCUUCACAUCCCGCUGGCUACACGGUCCCUCAGCCUGCCUAUGCCGUUCAGCCCAGGACGGAUCCCUACGCCGGAUAUGCCCAGGUCCCAGGCCAGCAUCCCAGUUAUCCUGCCGCACAAGCCUAUCCUACUUACACACAGACACCAGCGCCGGAUCCGUACAGAACUCCCGCCCCUCCGCCAAACUAUACUACAGCUCCAAGACAGCCUGUCGCACCACCUGGUUACUAUAUCGCCUCAGAUGGACGACAAUAUCCCCUCUCCCAGCGGCCAACGAAUGGAAGUUCUCGGUAGACCAUGUGUCCGCCCACCUCCAAAAAUGUUCCUGUCACGGUGAGCCCGAUGUAGAUUUUCCAUGACCGCCAGGUACUGCUGGUCAUUCCCUUGCCACCCUGUGCGUCCGGAGAUACCCUGAAUAACCUUUCCUGGGGCCCAUUACCACUGGUCCGGUUCCAAAUUUCCUUCCCGAGGAUGCUUGAGCGCCAUCUCACUUUUGUCUUAUUAUUGCCAUCUCCAAGGAGCGAUUGACACGGCGCGGGCAAGCAACCUC